AAAAAUUUAAUCGCUUUUGCUUAAAAGAUACUUUUCGUUGACAAAAUAACCUUUCUGCGUGCUUCUGUACUAAUUAGCAUCAGUUGGCAAUUUUACUGACGCAGAAAAAGUACAUUUUCUUACAAAUAUGAGACGACGAGGAGGUUAUCGUCGUAGUCGAAGCCGUAGUCCACGCCGUGGCGGAGGAGGUUCAACCAAACGCUAUGAAGUAGGGAAAGGUCAACUGUUGAAACCGGUGAACUGGAGUCAUUACAAAUUAGAUUCGGUGGUGAGACCUUCGUUUCGUUCUAAAUUAAAUUAUCGACGUUCCGAGCGUGAAAUCAAUGAGUGGAGAAAAUCAAAUGAAAUCACUAUUAAGGGUCGUGAUGUUCCGGAUCCUGUAUAUGGUUUUGAGGAAGUCGGCUUUCCUGCAGAAAUCGCUGAUGAAUUGCGAUUUUCAGGAUUUACCGUUCCGACCCCAAUUCAGUCGCAGGGUUGGCCAAUUGCUCUUUCCGGACGGGACAUGGUUGGCAUUGCAAAAACCGGAUCAGGCAAGACACUCUCAUACUUACUGCCUGCAAUGAUUCAUAUCGAUCAGCAGUCGCGGUUGCGUCGAGGAGACGGUCCGAUUGCGCUGAUAUUGGCCCCUACGCGCGAGCUGGCGCAACAAAUAAAGCAGGUAACCGACGAUUUCGGGCGAGCUAUGAAAAUAAAAAAUACUUGUUUGUUCGGCGGCGGCGGAAAGAAACAGCAAGGUUAUGAUUUGGAACGUGGCGUUGAAAUAGUGAUUGCCACUCCGGGGCGGUUGAUAGAUUUUCUAUCAUCCGAUCAUACAAAUCUUCGCAGAUGCUCGUAUUUGGUUUUGGAUGAGGCCGAUCGGAUGUUGGACAUGGGCUUUGAGCCGCAGAUUCGAACAAUCAUCGAACAAAUUCGACCGGAUCAUCAGACACUCAUGUGGUCGGCCACUUGGCCGGAUGCAGUUGCCCGAUUGGUCAAGGAUUAUCUCAAGGACUAUAUUCAGAUCAAUGUUGGAUCCUUGAAAUUAGCAGCCAAUCACAAUAUUUUACAGAUCAUUGAUGUAUGUCAAGAAUUUGAGAAAGAAACAAAAUUGAGCAUUCUUCUUCGAGAAAUAAUGGCUGAAAAAGAGUGUAAAACAAUUAUAUUCAUUGAGACAAAGAAGCGGGUCGAUGAUAUUACCCGUAAAGUAACACGUGACGGCUGGCCCGCUAUGUGCAUUCACGGUGACAAGUCACAGAAGGAUAGAGACUAUACUUUGAACUCUUUCCGUUCUGGUAAGACCCCAAUUUUAAUUGCCACUGAUGUUGCUGCUCGUGGAUUGGAUGUAGACGAUGUAAAAUUCGUCAUUAAUUAUGAUUAUCCAACCACAUCUGAGGAUUACAUCCAUCGCAUUGGACGCACCGGGCGUUCUAACAAUACAGGAACGGCAUAUACAUUUUUCACACCCAAUAAUGUCGGAAGAGCUCGUGAACUUGUUGCUGUAUUGAAGGAGGCUAAACAGGUCAUUAAUCCGAAGUUGCUGGAUAUGGCAAAUAGUCGCAUGAGAGGAAAAGAUAAUCGUAACCAUGUAAACUCACGAUAUCCGCGAGAGCGCCGUUCGCGAACACCUGAUCGCCGUGGUACCUUUAGGCGCCGUUCAUAUUCUCGUUCACGUACCCGUUCACGUUCCCGAUCCCGAUCCGUAUCGCCAAGAUUUUCUAAACGUGACGUUUAUCGUCCGGUCAAACGCAGCCGAUCUCGCAGUCGCAGCGAAAUGAGCAACCGUAGUGACAAUCGCAAGAGAAAUGCACGCAGGAUCAGUCGCUCGGGUAGUCGUACUCCCGUACGCAGAGGCGGAAGCGGCGCCGGUACCGGUGGCGUGGCCAACAGAAAGCGCAAUGGAAGAAGCAGAUCCCCAACUCCACGGAAGCAUCGUAGCCGUACUCGCAGUCGUAGUCGCAGUCGUAGCCGCAGUCGCACCCGCAGCCGCAGCUAUAGCCGUAGCCGGAGCCGCAGUCGUGAAGGAAGAUUCCGUUCGGUAAAAAAUGGCGACAAUGGUUCAAAUUAUGUCAAAUAUUAAUAUGAACUAUGGAAAAGUAUUUUACUAUAUUCAUAUAAAUGUCAAACGUAAUGUUUCAAAAUAAUCAACACAUGGCAGUAGAACAAUCUCCAAAUUACCGUCGAACAAUGUACUUCCUCAGCUUUAGGCAUCGAGUUAAACUUCUACGUUUAAUUACUAGGUAUCUGACAACAUCUGAAGAAUAAAUUUAUUUUAUUAUAAUGAUCUAUGGAAUUAGAUCUUGAUCAAUUUUAGAGUAUCAAUCACAUACGCACCUGUAAGUCGUAAUGAAUGUUGUCGCAAAAAUGUCGGAUUAAUUUCUAUUGUAUUUUAAAUAUUACAAUUAAAUGAUAAUAAA